AUGCUGCCGCAGUAUCGCCUCUCCAUGGAAGAAAAUGCCUCGUUUCCUGCUGCCCUGAAAGAUGGGAUCACGGCUUGUGUGUAUAUUCUCGAGAAUCUGGGUUUAGAGCCUCAGAAUAUAAUCCUGUCCGGUGAUUUGGCGGGCGGGAAUCUUGUCCUCUCCAUGAUUAGAUAUUUGGUCGAGGAGAAGAAAAAUGGGACGGAGGCGUUACCAUUGCCUGCGGCUGCGUUGUUAUGGAGUCCGUGGUUGGAUUGA